CCUUCCAGCUGUGCAUUAAGCAAUACAACUAACAUCUGUCUUGUGGUGACUUCAUGCUGGUGGUAUACGGCCGUGUAUCAGUCUAGCAGCAAUGACAUAUUCCAGCUUCUGGAGGGCUCCAGAUAAAACUAACUUCAUAAUGAAAAUCAUAAGCCCUAAUCAUUGAACACUGCCCCCAAGACCACUCUGGGGAGGGGCUGGCUGCUCUGUGAUAUGACUCUCUGCUUUCAGCUGGGAGGGUGCCGGAGCAUGAAGGAGUUUGAGGAGCUGAAUCGAAUUGGGGAAGGGACCUGUGGCAUCACGUGUAAGUGUUGUAUCUGCUGCAGGUUUCAGCAGCGGGAGCCAGUUUGCUUCCUGCGGUGGGGGGUACUGAUAGCAAUACCUCAUGCCCCAGGACACUGGAAAAUACUCAGUGGCACAGGUCCCUAGGUGUAAGGGCAACCCCAGCACAGGCUGAAGCCCAUCUUCCAGGAUCUUGUCUGUUCCCCAGUGAUGAGCACAUCAGUUGGAGCGGGGUUCGCUGUUAACCCCCGCAGUGUUCAGAGAUGUUGGUUAAUGGUUCACUUGGUGACCGGUGUCAGUGGUGGAUCAGGCAUUGGCUUUGCUGUGACGCUUGGCUUCCAGGUACUGACCACAUGGUGUGUGUUACUGUUUCAAACCGUUCUCAAGAUACCCAGAUGGAUGAGAUUGUGGCACUAAAGAAGGUGCAGAUGGACAAGGAGAAAGAUGGUGAAGUGUAUCAUUCUACAAGUACUCAAGGGCCUUCAGUAUCUUCAUGAGAACUUCAUCAUCCACAGGGAUCUGAAGGUGUCUAAUCUGCUCAUGACUGAUAAAGGCUGCGUGAAGACAGCGGAUUUUGGGCUGGCUUGUGCUUACAGAGUGCCAUUAAAACCAAUCACCCCUAAAGUCGUCACCCUCUGGUACCAGGCCCCAGAGCUGCUGCUGGGAAUGACGACCCAGACCACGGGCAUAGGUAUGUGGGCAGUGGGAUGUAUCCUUGUGGAAUCAGCUCACAAGCCAUUACUCCCAGAGCUGAUAGUGCAGCUCCUGGGGAUGCCCAGUGAAAACAUCCGGCCAGGCUUUUCCAAGCUGCCCCUAGUGAGCCAGAACACCCUGCGGAAGCAGCCCUACAACAACCUCAAGCACACGUUCCCAUGGCUGUCGGAGGCUGGGCUUCGCCUGCUCAACUUCCUCUUCAUGUACGACCCCGGGAAGAGGGCGACAGCGGGAGACUGCCUGGAGAGCUCGUACUUCAAAGAAAAGCUCCUGCAUAAGUGACUCCUCUGCGCCAUUGGGGCCUCUGGGACUCUGAGCCCUUCCUGAGACUCAUUUCCUCUCCCCUUCUCCCCAGCCUGUGAACCGGAGCUCAUGCCCACCUUCCCCCACCACCGCAACAAGCGAGCUGCUCCGGCCAGCGCCGGGGUGGAGAGCCAGGGCAAGCCCUUAAGAACGAUCUUCUCUCUCCCCUGGAAUCAGACCAGCAGUGACCCAGCCCUUCAGUAACAUGAUGGGGAGGGAUAAGCCUCUCAGUUCAGGAUGAGCGGAGUGCUUAGGAAAGUGCAGGGCAGAAGCCCCUGCCCCAGCUCUGCCAGGGCCUCAGCCCUGACCUGCAGCCUCCCACGCUGCCCUGCUGAUGCGCCUCUCAAACAGCAUUACCUGCUAUUCCAGCCCUUGGGCCUCCCCUGGCUUGACUGUCACAGCUGGCAGGAGGUUGUGAUGAGGACUAGACAGAACCACAGGUGACUGGAGGCCACAGCACUAACGGGCUGCCCCACUUCACUUCACUUCACUUUCUGCCCCAGGAUUCUCAGGUUAAACCGCUUGCAAAAGACUGGAGCCCAGCUCCUGUUGGAGUGCAGAGUGGGAGCCAGUUUUCCCAGUAACUUGCCAGCAGAGGAGCCUUGGUGUACUGGCCUGUCUGGGGGAGACACAGCCCCAUCUGUGAGUGGGGGAACAGACCUCCCAGUCAGUGUACUGCUCUUGCCCUGGAAGGAAGGCGCCCACUCCCUCCUAUUGGCCUCUUCAGUCCCAGGAGUUGGUCCCUGGGCAGUUUAGUUUAUUUUUAUGUGCAGACUCUCAUGCCCAACGGCUGCCCGUGUCGCCAUGCGUUGGGGGUGCUGUUCCCUGCCUGAGUGAGCAUGCGGUCUGCAGCACUCCCAGCCUGCGGCCCAGAUCUGCUGCCUCUAAGGCAGCAUGUGGUUCUCCCAUGCCCCACAGGGCUCAGCUCAGGCCAUGCUUUGGAGGACCCUAAGUUCCCACCCUACUCUGCAGAAGCUGGUGUUCCCCACAGCCAGUCUGUGAUUAUCCACUCCCACUCGUCAAUGUGUAUUCUUCUGUUUAAGGUUUGGACAAGAUGUGGAUAAAGGGAACAUCCAAAGCAGAGAAUGAGAAGGCACUAGGAGCAGAAAGAGGAUUUGUAACCAGCUGCUAUAGGACCCAAGGCAGAUGACAGGUCAAGAGGAGCUUGUACUGCAAUAUUCUCAGUUGCCUCCUGCUGGGUGGUCCAGCGCUGGCUAGGAGGAUGGUACCCCGAACUUCCACUCAAAUGCAGCUGCUGGAGACAGGUGUGGAUUGCAGUGUUGCCUGUUAAUAUGGCUCUUGUGGGGGAGCACGUCAGGUUACUUUGGACUAGGUAAGAGCCACAUGCACAGCCCGAGGCUCCAGAGACCUCUCUCCAGAUCCCAGAGCUUCCUCAGAGUCCUAAAGAGCCAGAUGGAAUCUGGCCUCUCUCCCCCCACCUCAGCAGUCCAGAAAAAGUUAUUUGUACACAUGUUAGGUGUCCUCUCCUGCCACACUUCCCUGCUGGUGACUAAUGCAGUCAGAGUCCAGGCUUGGUGUCAUGCAUUCCUCUGGGCUGGGACAAGAAAGAGGACAUGAGCUGCAAUGGAUCCUCCUGUGCAUGGGCGGAGUGGGCAACCUCUCUACUGCCGUAUCUGGUUUCCAGCCCACCCACACUAAGGAGGAAGUGAGGGACUUACCCCAAAGGUGGGGGUGGGAAGAAGCAGAGUGAAGAGGUGAUCAGAGAGCCAUCCCAUAGCAUUCCUCCUAGAGUCACUCCAACAACCACCUGGCUCCUUCCCGCCGUAGGCCACAGCCCCUCGGUUCCACAGGGAAUUUCUGAAUUAACCCUCUAGAAAGCUGCCUCUGGCUUCCUACAAGCUCUUUCACAGCCCUGUCAUGAGAGGUAAGGAAUAUGGUCCUGCCUCCCCCAACUGCUCGGGGGAUCCUCCCCAAGAAUCAGUGCAGGGCUUUAUGCAGCUCUACAAACAGAUCACUUUGUGUGGUGUUGUCAAGAAGCUGCACUCCCCUUGGCAGCUCUUUUUAGAGCAACAUUAACUCCCACAGGGAUUUCUGCUCUAAAUGCUCCAGGCCUGAGGGAAGAAUUUUGUGAAAAACAGGCCUUUCCUUUGCUCCAAUCCAGGCUCUGCUCUUCUGAUGCUGCAGAGGCUUGAGGGUUCCUGGAGAGCAUGCUGCAACGCCAGCAAUCCCGUGCUGCCUCAGCCCUGGGAACACGUUCUCUUUCUCCCCCAGCACCUUGCAAUGGAGGGAAGAAAGGGACACAUGAGAUGGAGUCUGUCCCUGGCUUACAGAUAACCCAUCCUGCAGUAACACAAGUGUGGACUUGGGAAUCCUGUACUGCAGUGUAUGUGGCCUCCAAGAUAUCACGCAUGAAGGGAAGCAACACCACUCUUGGCAGUGGAAUCUGGGCAAUAACAAAGAGGCGUUUGAAAUUCUCUCUGGGGAGGGGAAUGGGGAAACCCGGUGGGACGAUGCGUACGACUGGAAUGUUAGUGGCGCUGGUUACAACCCAUUGAGUUAGGGGAGAGAGGGUAAAAACAGUGGUGCACAAGGUGGCCCUUCACAUUAGACCAGCAGUUCUCAAGCUGUGGGUCAGGACCCCAAAGUGGGUUGCAACCCCAUUUUAAUGGGGUGACCAGGGCUGGCUUAGACUUGCUGAGCCCUGGGGCCAAAGCUGAAGCCUGAGGGCCUCCGCCCAGGACAGUCAGGCUCAGGUUGCAGGCCCUUUGUCUGGGGCUGAAGCCCUUGGGCUUCGAUUUUGGCCUCCCCACGCAGGGUGGGGGACUCAGGCUUUGGCUUGUCCCCCGCACCUGGAGUGGUGGGGCUUGGGAGGGCUCAGGCUUCAGUCUCCUGGGGUUGUGUAGUAAUUUGUGUUGUCAGAAGGGGGUCGGAGUGCAAUGAAGUUUGAGAACCCCUGCAUUAGACACAGCGUUACCUGUUUUACGUUCCUGGUUAUGGAGAACCCCUGGACCUCGAAUGGAUAGGGAUCAAUCUGCUAACACACACAGCCCAGCAGAUGAACCGGUGGGGGGGCUGGCACAGUUCACUGAAUCCAAACCAGAGAGCAGGAAAUGUUUCUCCUUUAGCACCUGUCUGUGACUUGUGGGAAGAAAUUAGGUUAGCACGGGGGCCUUCCUAGUGGGAGACAGAUGGGGGAGGUCUGACAUAGCCAGGAGUAAAUCGUCCUUGGAGAUUUUGAAAAAUUAUAGAUACGUGUCUAAUACAAAGUUUUGUACCCAACUAGGGGUGACUCUAUUGUGGGCUUCCUUCUGGUGGAUAAAGAUGACCUGAUCACUGGACUGGAUGUCCGUGGUUGCGCUGGGGCCAGUGAUCGUGACUUGACUAUUCAGUAAGGAGAUUUUGGAACAAAUUGGUAAAUUAAACAGCAAUAAGUCACCAGAAUCAGAUGAAGAAACUCAAAUGUGAAAUUGCAGUACUACUAACUAACUGUGGUAUGUGACCUGUCCGUUAAAUCAGCUUCCGUACCAGAUGCCUGGAGGAUAGCUAAUAUGACACCAACGCAUAAAAAAAGCUCCAGAGACGCUCCCCGUGAUUACAAGUCACUAAGACUAACUUCAGUACCAGGCAAAUUGGGUAAAAUUAUAGUAAAGAGCACAAUUAUUAGACACAUAGAUAAACAUAAUUUGUUGGGGAAGAGUGAACAUAGUUUUUGUAAAGGGACAUCAUGUCUCACGAAUCUACUAGAAUUA